CCUUCCUUGAUGAGAGUGAAGCUCUUCGUCUCGUGUGCCUCUCGUCUCCGCUGCCUGCUUGUCGGACUGGCUGGCGUGCUUGGCUGGGCUGGCCUGGUGUCUGCGGCCGACCAUCAACGACGACGUCUCGACAUGAGGCUCUCUUGAAGCGCCGAGAGCUGGUUUCGCUGUGAGCUUGUGGCUGUGUGUGCGUGUGUGUGAGCGAGCGAGUGUGUGAUUGACUCUUGUGCGUGGCAGCGCUCUCUGUCGACAGGUCGAGGCCGAGCGCAGUUCGCUUCUACUAUUCACCUCUUGUGCUCUUUCACGGGCGGAGGAGCGAGCGAAGUUGCGAGCGUGACGGGCGAAGAAGAAGCGCUAGGAAGCAGGGACAGACUUUGCCAUCAACGAGUGCUGUGUGUGCGAUAGGAAGGGAAGGGCCGAUUUCGGUAGGUAAUGUGCUUGGCGAGUAAGCUGGAUCUGGUGGAUUGGAGGAGGCGCCCGCUGGUAGACGAUAGGUAAUUGACAGACAGACAGACAGACAGGUUGCAAUCUUGACAGGUCCGUUGCUGUGGAGAGUCCGUGGGAAGGUGCCGGUGGGUGGUGGUAAUAAGGGGCGUGGAGGGCAAGGUGGUAUGGAAGAAGUGUUCUGGUCAGGAAACAGGGUGAAGAGAAAGGACGAUAUAUCAGCGAUCUGUUGAAGAAGUUCUAGCUGUAGAAAAAGAAAGGCCGAGUUUAGGGAGCGCGAUUCCCUGAGGAAUAGUUUUCUGGGUAAAGAUCUGCGACGGAGGCUGAAGGCUGGGUCAGGACGUGGGACGGCACGAAAUGGCAUGUGCUUGAGGAUAUGGAUUGCCGUCGAAGCUCAAGAAUUUCAGUAUGAUGGAUUCACCGAUCAAGUUGUUCGGGAAAACAAUUGCUAAAGCUGCCGCUUCCGCAUUCACAACAUCAUCAGGUGAAGCAGACGACGCUGAAGCAGUCCCGACUACGAGCAGUGGGGGCUGGGUUGAUUUGCCAUCGUCGUCGCAGGAUGUGAAGGAAAAUGGAGCGGAAAGCAGCAGACUGGGGGAGAUCAAUGGAGGCGGGGUGACGUUCACGAGGCAGGAGGUGAAACGAGGAUCGUCGCCCGACCGGACGUCGUCGGCGUGCAACAGCGCGGAGGAGGAGAAGCUGUGCGCGUCGCCGCGAGGCGGAGGCGGGGCCACGGGGGGAGCAGGAGCAGAGCUGACGCCCUCGGCCUCGGGGGGCGAGGCGGGCGCGGGCGACGACGAGGGCAGCGAGGAGGAGGAUGGAUCGGGCAUGAAUGGGCGCAGUAAAAAGGAUGGCGGCGACGAUGGCGGCAAGGGAGGGGAGAAGAUGCCCCGACGGCCCGAGAAUGCUGUUGCGUGUCCUCGAUGCCAUAGUUUUGAGACGAAGUUUUGUUACUACAACAAUUACAACGUCAAUCAGCCCCGGCACUUCUGCAAGCACUGCCAGCGCUACUGGACCGCGGGCGGCACGCUGCGCAACGUGCCGGUGGGCGCCGGGCGGCGCAAGAACAAGCACGGCAGCACCAUCGCGCCGCGCGGCCAGACGCCCGAGGUCGGCACCGUGCGCAGCGACGCGCCCGACAUCGCCUCGCCGCUCAUCGCGUCCAAGGGCGGCGUCGGGCCCGUGCCCGUGCAGGUAGCGGUCGUGCAGGCCGCGGGCAGCAAGGGCGGGAUUGUGCGCAUGGCCGUGCCUGCGGCCAGCGGCGACCCCUCGGUUCUGCCGUUUCUGCGAAUGCAGCCCUCGCCGAUGGACACCGCCUCCAUCUUCAUGGCCUCGUCCGAUGCCGGCACCUCGAGCGACACGGUCACCGUGGCCUGCAAGCGCGGCCGGCUGGCCACUCCCGGGUUCAGCGACGCAUCCACAGGUGCCAACGACAUGGAGCAGCAGCAGCAGCAGCAGCAGCAGCCGUCUUGGGGGCAGCAGUCGUCGACGAAUGAUGAAUCCGCCUGCUCGCCCCUCACGUCGGCGAAUGGCAAUGUUGUGGUGCAUGAGAUUAAGGGCGAACCCGGGUCAGCGUGUCAGAUGAUGGGUGUGGCAGCGGUAUCAGGAGUGGGGGGGCCCGAGCAGCAGCAGCAGCAGCAGCAGCAACAACAGCAACAGCAGCAGCAGCAGCAGCAGCAUCCUGCGACGAACAACGGCAUGGCCGGUCCAGGGGGUUGUUGGUCUGCUGCCGGUCCGCAAUCGAGCGUACCUCCGCCCGGGGCCGCGGGAGCCCCUUACGGAUUCUAUAACGGAGGAUGGCCGUAUGGGUACAACGUGGGCUGGAGCGGGCCUCCUGCAUUCUGCGCCGGGGGAGUUGCCACUGCGGGCACGGGCAUGCCGGGCCCUCCCCCGCCGGGCAACAUCGCUGCGUGGAAUGGAGCCGGGGGCAGCGUCUGGACCGGGGUUCCUUGGCCCAUGCCGGGCCUGGCUUGGGGCCCCCCCUGGGCUAUGGCGCCGUGGGCCAUGAGUGCGGGUCACGGUGGGGCUAGCAUGGGGAGCAUUACGCAGACGAUUUCGAUGAGCUCCGGUGCUGCUGCUGGCAUGGUCACUGUGCCGGUGCCGUGCAGUACGACUGCCAGUGGUGGUGGUCCUGCGUCCGCUGCGCCCCCGUCAUCGCCCUCAUCAUCACUGGGCAAGCAUUCGCGCGGGGGGCCGCCGGUGGGGGCCCCUGCAUCGUCUGCCGCAGCAGCUGCUGCUUGCAAUGGCGCAGGAGGAGCAGGUGGGGGAGGAGGAGGCGGCGGAGGAGGCCGCAUGGAGGGAGGCCUGUGGGCGCCCAAAUCGCUGCGAAUGGCUGAUCCUGAGGAGGCAAUGCGAAGUUCGGUUUGGAGGAUACUGGGAGUCGGUUCCCGAGCCGACAUGACGACGGCCAGCACAUUUAAAGCGUUCCAGCCUAGAAACGAGAGUAAGAAGAUUUCCGAUGAUGAUCAACAAGCAGUGCAAGCGUCGUUGCAUGCGAACCCUGCAGCGAUGUCUCGUUCCAUGAAUUUCCACGAGAGUAACUAGUACGGUCGCAAAUUGAAACAGCAGAUCAUGAGCCAGCCACACAAUUUUAUAAGUUCCGAUGAAAGAAACCAGCUUAGUAGAACGUAAUUCAUUCAGUGCAGGUUUAAGACCCAGAUCCCAGUAUUCUGGGUUCGAGGAGCAUGCUUAUCUGAUUGCGCUUCCGGGAUUGUAGAUUCUCCGUGCUUGUGUGAAUAGACCAGUUUUGACUCCCUUGGGUUUCUGCCCAAGUUGUGGGGGCAUUAUAUUCACAAGAAAUAUUUGACAAUGUA